CAAAGUCAACACUCAUUAACCCCACUUACCGCCAAGUAGCGGAUGACGUAGUUUCUUGGUAGUCUACGCAUUUUACUACACAAGUACACCAUUGGGAAAUAUAAGGUAGUGGGAUGGGAAGAAAACAUACAUUUGUAUUAGUUACUGUACUUCUGUACACUACGAGCACAGCGUUGACAAAGCUAACAUCCACAUAACCUUUACACAUACAACGCCUGUCAAAAGAAUAUUUCAGAUUGAAUUCACCUGCCCACAAGCUGACUUUAUUAUCUACAAAUGAAUGACGUCCCACGUAGUACUUUUGGGGCGAGUUAGACGUUGGAGUUUCGACUCUGGUGUUCUAGCCAGUGUAUUCAUUGCAUAAACUGAACGUGACGCGUUUCAAACCAAUUGACUGCAUUAUGUUUUCAGGACAGAAUUAAAUCGGUCAGGGAAUUUAAGAACUCAGAGAUACAAUGACAAAACCGGUUUGUUUCAGGAGUAUUACUAAAGAAUCUUUUUGUCUACGUCACAGUUCAGUUCAGGAUUUUUUGUUACCUUGGUUCAACGACAAUGUCCUGGUGUACGCAGUAUGGACGUCUAUAUGCAGCCUUUAUUGUCUCUCUAUGAUCCUGUACAGUGGACUGUGUUCAGAGCAUGGCAUCAAAAUUCUUAUCUGGCUAACCUACUGGUCAUUCUACUGCCUCUUUCUCAGGUUCGCAGUAACCGCAGCUAACUGCUGGCACAGUUGGGUUAGCCAACAUGGCAAUAUACCAAAAGAGAACGAAAAGCAGUGUUCGUAUAGUGACGAUGUGGAAAGCGCAUGCAUGCAGUGCUGCUUGCAACAACAGGAGCAAACGGGGAACGACUUGCAACCCAAACGACAGGACUCUAACUUCCCACUGAUUGAGAAAGAAUUCCCCAAGGCAGUAGCCGUACAAUGGGUACUUCAGAACAUUAGCAAUGUCUCUUCUUUGUUGGUGACAGUUAUGUUUUGGGCUCUUGUCUACACAGGGAAUUCCCAGACGUAUGUCAGCAUCAACUCCCAUAUAAUGAACUCUGUGUUGGUCCUGUGUGACAUAAUGAUCAGUCGUGCACCCUGCAGACUCCAGCACCUGUACAUUCCACUGAGUUUCAACGUUUCCUAUGUCCUCUUCACUUUCAUUUACUGGAUAGCAGGAGGAACUAACAAUCAGGGGCAGCAUUACAUUUACAAGAUGCUUGACUACACUCAGGCGCCGGGUAAAGCAGCAGUGACAAUUACUUUGGUGUGUUUAAUCGCCCUGCCAUUGGCUUACAUUUUGGUAUUUGGGCUGUUUCAGUUGAGAGACCUUGUGUGCCGGUGGUAUAAUAAAAGGAGGAUGAAUGGUCACUCUGAUAGGAAUGUUGUAUUUUCUAAGGAUAAGACAGAGACUGGAAAAUCAUGAGAUCCCUUGUCUGUUGACAAGAACAGAUGCAAUAAUGUAGGAUGUGCCCAAUGUAUAUAUAACAUUUAAAUUAUUUCAAAUAAAUUGUUAAUGAAGUCAUUGUACAUAUUAAUGUUGUACUGUUUCGCUUGUCACUAAAAAAAAAUUAGACAAUUAAAUACAAAGGCAACAUGAUAUUGAAAACAGAUUACUUCCCUUUUAUAUAAGAAAACCCCAAAAGCCAUUAUAUCUUGUCAGACUGAUAUUUACAACUUAAGUCAAGUUAUAUAUCAAUAAACGUUAAUAACAUAUUGGGAUUUAAUUACUCAAAGGAAGACCCAUAUCUAAUUUUUUUUUUAAAUAACAGAAAAUAUAAUUAUAGAAAUUCUUUAUAAGUGUUCCAAAUUUAUAUUUCAUUAAUAGAAUAUUAACUAGUUGAAAAAAAUUAUGAAUAUUAAACUUAUCAUAUCUUGAAGAUAAACUAAACAUACUAGACUAGUGGUUCCCAAACUUUUUUGACUUGUAGAUCCUUGCCAUGUUUUCUGGUUUUCAGUAGACCCACUGCUUAACUUGUAUUGCAUUUUUUCAAAUUCAUCAACAUAUUUUUUAACAAAUUUCUAACUGUAGUGAGUUAAAGUGUGAACAAGUAAUUUAAAGUUAUAAUUAAGUUAUAGAGAAUAUAGAGAUCUAUCUUUUUUAUUGAUACAAUUCAAAUUUAAACCAAUUAAAAUAACAAUUAAUAUUUAUUACUGGAGUCACCAAAGACACUGGAAAUGCCCAAACAUGAAAAAGGCUUUGUGGGUCAACCUUGAAGAAAAAUAAGGAGCCAGCAACCCUUAGGUAGUUUGCAGCACACAGCACUACACCCUGUCAGAGGCUGGGAAGAAAACGCUGACACCAAACUGUAUAUAUGUCAUUUGCAAAAAAUUACAGAAGAAGCUUUUAAUUUUAUAACUCAUGCCACAGAUGUGCCCUUGUAUUGUUGCUUAAAGAAAUUCUUUUAAUAAUAUCAGAUGUAGGUUUGGUUAAAAUGUUUUUUUUAAAUACAACUACUGAUAAAAUCAAUGUUUUACCUAUAGUGUUUUCCGUAAUUUGAUAUAAGUAAAGAGAUUUUGUAAGAUGCUCACAAACUAUCAUCUUCUCUAUAUGAUGUCGAAGAAAGAUUUUGUUUGUCUUUUCUGAAUUUUAUCUUUGAGCGUUUGAAAAUUUUUCAAAUCAUUAUUUAAUUUGUCAGGGUGGCAUUGUCUCAAAUGAUCCUUAGGCAACCGCUUGUUUGACAAGGAAGGAAUAAUUCCCAAUUUUAAAUAAUCAAUGGUAUAUAGUCUAAAUUUGUUUGUUAAACAUUAGUUACAUGUAUACAAAAAAAUAAGCUAUUUAAAUAAGUAUUGGAAUUAAAUACAACAAUUUUUGUUUGAAUAGCAGGAUAAAUAUUUAAAGGAUUAACUCAGGUACAAAUCAUAUAUUAGUGUAUGAAAGAAUUACAUUAAUGGGAUGUUAAAAUUAAAGUCACGACCUGCUUAAAUGAAAUCUAUCAUCGUAGACCCCUGUGGACAUCUCAUAGACCCCCAAUUUAUUUUUUUCCUUUCAUAGACCCCUUGGAAGUCUUGGUAGACUCCUGGGGGGGCCAAUAAAGACCACUUUGAGAAUCACUGUACUAGACUAUCUACCAAGAGGCAAAAAAAAAAAAAAAAAAAAGAAACAAGGACAAAAA